ACCUCUCUUGGUCUCUCUUGGACCGUCUUGGCUACACACACCAGAGUUCGUAUCGCUCUUGGCGUCAUUGCUGUUGUUGUUGUGAUAUUUUGGAUUACUCUGGCUGGAAACGGAAGUUGACAACACGUAGCGUACGAUUAGUUCAACACCAUUAGACACCAUGAACCCAUCAGACAGCUCCCGCAGCGGCAAGGAUCGUGCCGUCGACGUAACAGAUGAGGAUCACCACGGAAGGGUUGAAGAACUUGAGCCAGACAACACUGCUCGCUUCAUCACUCCCGAUACGGUUUCCACUUCCGCAAAUUCAGUCAUCGAAGACGUUGUUCCUGAUGCCAAUGGGGUUCAUUCUCAAGACCACUUAGCCAUAGUUGACGAGGCUCCGCUCGAGGUUGCCCCAACAAGCAUCCCCAAUGGCCCACCGACCUUGACGGCCUUGGACAAUCCGACCUGGGAGAACCCGCCGACUGUGGCUGAUUCUGAUGCAGCAGUACGUCGGCGUAUAAUGGAAGACAAUCAUCACGAUGCUCGUCAAGCCCUUGCGACGGCAAUCGAUGAGAAUCAGCGCUUGACAGAGCAACUGAGGGGUAGUACAUCGCCUCCCUCGAACAAUAACCCUCAUGUCAACUCAGUCUACACCGGAAGCACUCAGGAGGACCCAAUUGAAGAGACCUUUGACCCUCAACGCCUGACCCUCAUGGCAAGCUUGCAUGGAUUGGGCAGCUCCUCAAGUCCCGAGCCUACCACUCCUCGUCGUAGCAGCCGCUUUCGUCCGCUCAGAGAGAGUCAGCCGAGUCCUUCGAGACGCACCACCCUCAAUGAUGCUUCUAGCAUGCCCGUGCCCGGAGGAGACGGCUUCUUUGACGACAUUCCAUCCGCACAAGACAGGAAUAUGCAAGUACGUCAUGUCAACAUCCCAAUCGCGGCCUCGUCGGCUUUCACAGUACCACACAAGCGACACCCCGGCUCUUUCACCGGAAAAGAGAAUGUCCACACGGCUCAAGAGCCGCUCUACAAGUCCUUGCUUCGGGUGUGGUCUUCUUCUGGUAUUUCUAGUGUGCCUCACACGGUUUUCGAUGUCGUCCCAGAGCUGAAGGAUCACUUUCGCGAACUCACCGCCGCCGUGCUAUUCAAUACCGACCUCUCGCAAGAUGUUAUCUCUCUCGUUGAACUCUAUCCGAAGCGAGUCCACGCUGUGGUUUCUGAGAGCAAGUUGAUCAGCUCCGAUCUCAAGGUGGCCAGCUCCAGUCUGAAGGAGGCUCAGUCCAAGAUGGCCCAGAUGCAAGCCAAUCACGCCAGACAACUCGCCGACAUGAAGGAACAGCACAGGCAAGCCAUGAUCGCGUGCGAUGAUCGCCAGAAGGCAGAAGUCAUGGAGCAGACAGCAGAACUCCGCUUGAACAAACAAAUCGCAGAGGACGAAAGCAUGUACCGCGGCGAUCUCGUAAACACGUGCAUCCACAUUGGCAGAACUCACAACAUGCUCCUCGAGCACCUCUGCGGUCCCGUCGCUUCGCCUGCCCAGAUCAACAAGCUCAAGGCCAUGCUCGCAGAGGCCGGCGCGCCCCCCGCGUCCAUUACCGAAGCAACGACGAAUCCGUCGUUUGCACCUGCCGUCCUGGCACUCGUCUCCCUCCUCGAGCCACACGUGGCCGACAAGGCUCUCUUCAGCAGCGUCGUCGAGCGCAUCGUCGACGCGGACAACGACAACAUUGAGCACGCCGUCCGCGAGUCCUAUGUUAAGAUGCAUGCAGCGCUCGUUAGGCUACAUGCUGCUUGGCUCGCUGCCGAGCGUCGUGCGGAGUACAAUGUCCGCAUUGUGAAGAGGUAUGAGGUCCGCCUCACCCAGAGCAUCGUGCUGGCCGGACAGGCCUGGGAGAUGGAGAGCACGGCGGAGCGCAAGGCGUUCGCAGCGUACUGGGCCGCGCAGAGCUCCGCGUAGGCGUUGCUGGCUUUUCCCUCUGGAGUUUGGCGUUCUGUGUUGUGUCGUGCCGUUUGCCGCUGCCGCUGCUGCUGCUGCUGCACUCACCCUCUUUGCUUGUUUCUUUCCUUUGUUCCUUCCUUUCCUUUUUCUUUUUUUCUUUUGU